AUGUUACAAAUACAAGAUAAGUACCUAUACAAGGCUCCUACUCCUUCUUAUACUAUGACUGUUUGUCAGUCGGUUCCUUCGCCAACUUCGACAGCAAAUUCAGCAGCUACAACACCAACUGCAAUCUGUGUGGCUCCUAACAAUGAUAUUUGUCUUGAUAGGUGUUCUUCACUUUUUGACUACUUUCACGUCCAAUGUGCAAUUGAUACUAAACCAAGCAAUCUAAAGCAAUGUUCUGUAAUUCCUACAACGUCAUCUACUACAAGUUCAACAAGUUCUACAAAUGUAACUGUAUCAUCAAGUGCAUUCAUUAUGGAAAUAAGUUCUCAAAAUUCUGGUGCUUUAUCGUCUACGACUUUAGAGGAAAGCAUAACAUCAAAUGAGAACGAGCCAGAUAUAUCUCUAGAAAUUCCUUCCCAUGUUAAACCUUCUGUACCACUUUUCGUGCUAACUGCAUUAGACCGUCCACCCUUUGCAUCAAGCUCGUCUUUAGAGUUAAUGUCGUCUGGAUCUAAUCUGGAACCAAAUCCUACUUCAACUCAAUCGAAUGUUUUUACUGAAUCAUGUACCGAGAUAAACUCGAGCAAUAGUAGUUAUAAAAGAGAAUUAAUAUCCCAAUCUGUGACAUUAAGUAUUGGUUCAAUACAAUCAUAUGUCCCUUCAUCUGGGCAAUUUGUAAUCACUUCGGAUGAAAAGACUAUUUCCUUGGAAACAAAUUCAUCCAUUAAAUCUUCUGGCAUAAACGUUGAACCCUCAGUAACUGUUAGUAUAUCUUCAGCUAUAUUAUCAAACAACACUCCAAAUACCUAUUUAAAGUCUUCAAUAGUCAUCACCAGAGUAACUUCUAUAUCUUCAAUUAUCCCUUCGAUGCUGGUAUUGUUGCCUCCUGGGCAUGAGUCUAUAUCGAGCUUGACAGUCCAAAUUCCUGUGACGAACUGA